AGCCCGUGGGUCGGCUCGCUGAGGGGAGGCAGCGGUGGUCCUGCGGGGAGCUAUGGGCGCCUUCGGGGCUGCGGCCCCGCCUUCGGGCUCCUCGGUCGCAUCGGGAGCCCGCAACGGCAGCAGCGACAGCCUGGAGAAGAUCGACAUGUCCCUCGAUGAUAUAAUUAAACUGAACAAGAAAGAAGAGAGAAAACAGUAUUCCCCCAAAAUGAAAAGGGGACUUCAGCAGAAUCGAACUCGACAGUUCAGGACACCAGGUGCCAAGUGGGGAAUCCAGCAGCAGAAAGGUUAUGGUAAAAAUCGUUUGGGACGCAGAAAGAAGGUAGCAGGGAAGAAGCAUCCUUAUGGAGUUAUAACUGGCUUGGCAGCCAAGAAAGCAGUGGGUUCACACAAAGGAAUUAGCCCUCUGAACAGACAGCCACUGAGUGAGAAGAAUGCACAGAGGAAUUACCCAGUUUUGAAAAAGAAAACAAACCUGCAGAGGCAAUCUGAAAUGCAGAGAAAACAAGCUCCAGCCCUCAGGAGGCCUGCCCCACUAAACAGAAGGAAUAAUGUGCCAUCUGCUUUUGCCAGAAUUGGAAACAAGCUAAAUCAGCAGAAAGACACUCGUCAAGCAACUUUCCUGUUUAGAAGGGGCCUGAAGGUGCAGGCCCAAGUGCAGUCAGCAGAUGAUCUUGAUAACCAGACAGUAAAGAGAACUCGCCAAUGGCGAACUUCCACCACAAGCGGAGGGAUUCUGACCGUGUCCAUUGAUAACCCAGGAGCAAUCAUAACCCCCAUUUCCCAGAAAUUGCGAUUAACUCGUACUCCCGUGCCACCAUUUCUGAUGAAGAGGGACCAACCUGAAGAGAAGAAGAUUCCCAAAGGAGUUCCAUUGCAGUUUGAUAUUAAUAGUGUUGGAAAACAGACAGGGAUGACAUUGAACGAACGUUUUGGGAUCCUGAAGGAGCAAAGAACAGCGCUGGCCCAGAACAAAGGAAGCCGUUUUGUAACAGUGGGGUAGCCUGACAGAUGGACUUGAGCACCAUUCCUAACUACCUGAGAAACUGAGAUACAAGUGGGCAGAGGAAUACAACAUCCAUCACUGAAAUUUUUCAAGACUUCUUGCUAAGAUGGUGGCAAAGCUAUCUGUCUUUGUUACUUUCACUUUGAAUGGUAAAAGAUGUUGCCCAGAGAGAGGGAAUAGUGGGGAAAGUAAUCUGCUGGACUGGCACCAUCACCAGGUUGGAAAAGAAUCUGUGGCCCAGCUGAUGACAAAUACUGAGUUUUGAGUCAUCUGGCAACACAAACACAAAUAGGAGUUUUAAAAGUUGGAGGUUCCUUGUUUAGGAGUGUUCAGUACCUGUUCUUUUCUUCUCUGUUAUGGUAGAGGUUGUGUGUUUCAUUACAAACCCCUUUCUAGGGUUUUUAGGGACCGCCUACAAACUUUCCUUUGGACUGCAGUUGGCACAGAGCCUCAGUCCACGGGUACAUUGGUAAUCACGUAGUGGCAUUUUUCAUGGGAGCAUUGGUUGUAACUUCUUCGUGCUUUUGAAGGUCCAUUU